UCAAGUCUUCGCAUUUAUUACAUCGCCGGAAUGGGUUGGUUCUGGGCAGACACUGCUACAUCCUCUACAUCAGUGGCACCGCAUCCCAUGCCUCUCGGUGAUGCGAAACCUCCUCCAUCAUGUCCCAUGCACAACAAGACAACACCACCUCCCAGCCGUCUCCCCGCAAGCGCUUCCACACCCCAAGGCGCUUGCCCCUACGUGCCUCCCGAGACAAGUUCCUCCUCACCACCCUCGUCCAGCGCAAAUCCAGAGCCCGCCGCUAAACCAAGUCUUCUCUCCCGCCUCAACCCCCUAAACAACAUGCCCUUCGACCUCUCCAACUCGCGCGCCGAGAACCAAACCCAAGCCCUCCCCCUCUCGCGCGAAGCCUCUACCAUCCCCAAAGCCGAUGGUUCCCUAUGGGAAUACCCCUCCCCGCAGCAAAUGUACAACGCAAUGCUCCGAAAAGGCUACGACGACACCCCCGUCGACGCCGUCGAAAGUAUGGUCUCUGUCCACAACUUUCUCAACGAAGGCGCAUGGGCAGAGAUCAUGGGAUGGGAACGACGCUUCAGUCGCGGAAUCGGCGAGGGAUAUCGCAUCUGUAAACGCGGCGAGGAGAAUGCAAACGAGGCAUUGGGAACGAGCGAUGCGUUUGAUACGACUACGUGGAAGGAUCGCGAGGUGCCGCCACCGAAAUUACUUCGAUUUACGGGACGACCGACGGAACCCACGCCCAAGAGUCAGAUACUACAGUGGUUGGGGUGGGCGUGGCCCGCCAAGUAUGGCACGCCACCGCCGUUUGAUCGUCAUGAUUGGUAUGUGGAGAGGCAUGGGCCACAGGGUACGUCGGAGGAGGUGCGGUAUGUGAUUGAUUACUACGAGGGCCAGCCUGAGGAAGGGGACGAGCCGGUGUUUUAUUUGGACGUUCGACCUGCGAUUGAUGGGCCCAAGGGUGCGGCGGAGAGAGCUGUGAGAUGGGGUACAGAUGUGUGGUGGAGGGCCAGCGGCGGUGUUGUGAGGGAGGUUGCGAAGGCUGAGGCGGAGAGGAACAGGAAAGAAGAGCAGUUGCAGGCAAACAGUCGGAGGUAUAACUGAGCGCCAUAUUUCUCGUUCUUCCCCUCUUUUGCAUAAACGAGAAGAGGGAUCAUGCGAUAUGAGAAGACGGUCGCGCAUACGGCAUCCAUCUGAUCGCAAUCGCUUAGGGGUCAAAAAUGGGUAAUAUUAGGGGCUUUCACAUCAGCAGAAGCAACAAUUCGGUUGUUGACCCUGUAUGGUCAAAGACGUCAUUUGAUGCUAACGAGGUAACUGUUUUCAUCUAUUCGAAUUUUCCGAGCUUUCAAACUGUAAGGUAUGAUUAUCUCUUGUACAUUCUUACUCUUUUUCCUGUCUUUUGUCUCUUUUUGUUUCAGGAGGGAGACAGCCGGGAAGCAUGUUCUGUCAUGUUCAAAUACUUGGAACUAUGUGCUCCUUGUCUACUACUUGUGUAUUAUCAAAAACAGAAAUCUUAUCUCUUCUCCCCUUUCGCUCUACCUCUUUUUACGUUGUCGCGCCGCUUACGUUUCUCGGAUACGUCAAUUGAUCGAAAUUAUCUCGCGCAGCCGAGAAAGAUGGAACGAUCCAAAUUCAUCGGCAUAGGCUGCUGCCUGAGAACGGACGCUACCACUUUGUUCACCAGCAGUCAGGUUGUCCAAAACCUACAUAUGUACACAGUCACAUUCACGCACCGGAGAC